AUGUGGCGCUGCAGUGUUUGCCGACGGAAAAUGGCCUCACGUGUUUGCAUACCGCAAGACUCCACAGAUUCUAUGCUAGACGUACCUGUGUUAGAGGCUUUACAACGACGUCAUUCAGAUGCAAAAUUAGGUUCCAGUACGCAAACAUUAGCACCGGCAAAUGGUGCAGCUUUAGCACCUCCACGUAGUCCAGAAUUAAGGAGACACUCGGAUGUAUCGCCUGCCUCACUAAAAGAAUUGGAAAAGCAGUUAAAGGGUAACAAAACGCCGGGCGGUGAUGGUGACUGGCGUGGCGGUGGACGUAGCAUGGCACCAAGUCGUUCGUCAAGUCCACCACGUCAAGGUGAAGAGCCUGCAUUUGGACCACCAUUGUCACGUAUUGCAUCGAGACGUGGCUCACGUGUAGCACGACAGCAUAGCUAUGAUGAUGAUAUGAAAACUGGUGGUGGAGCAACUGGAACAGGUGGCAUUGGUGCUGGGGGCUUGGGUGUUGGUGGUGAUGCUGGUUUAGGUAUACCCGCUAUGCCAAGAAGAAAAUCUGCUUAUGAUGUGUUUGCGCCUGGCUUGAUACAAGCAGUUGCAGCCGGUGCACAAUUGCAACGCUCACCAGGUGAUGGCAUGGCACCACAAAUAGCUUUACCUGGUUCACGUAGACCCAGUUUUAGGGUGCCACAUCCAUCUGAGGAUUUACAAAAUGAUGAGUCACCUAGUCCUGAUAAAGGUAGUCCUGUAUUAACUGUGGACGAUGACAGACGUAUGCGGCGACGUGGUUCACAACUACCUGACAUAACUGCUCUUCGUGAUCGUGGUGCUCUUCCAGCCACAAUACCUGCUGCUAUACCGCCACCAGUUGCUGCUUUUACAGGUCCCAACUUAGAGGAUUUAGAAGCACCACGUCGUCAAACAUCAAUGGAUGGUGAAGCUAUUAAAAUUGUUAUACACGAUGUUGAUUCGGGACCGAUUUGUUCAUCAAAAAGACGUAUUGUAUUGCGUAGAGAUCCUUCUGAUAAAGCACACCGCAAUUUAUUCUACUUAAAAGAGAUGUCUCUUUUAGGUUACAGAGAUAAACCACCUCGUUAA